AAGCUGGCCGGUCUUGGUCUUGUACACUAGGAGUAAUACCUGCAAUUGAAGAGGCAGCCGUUUGUCAGCAUGGCUCAAGAAUUUGUGAACAGCAGAAUCCAACCUGGGAAAGUGGUUGUGUUCAUCAAACCCACCUGCCCCUAUUGCAAAAGGGCCCAAGAACUCCUCAGCCAAUUGCCCUUCAAACAAGGUUAUCUAGAAUUUGUUGAUAUUACGGCCAUUUGUGCCACAGAAGACAUUCAGAAUUAUUUGCAACAGCUCACAGGAGCCAGAACGGUACCACGGGUCUUUCUUGGUAAAGAGUGUAUUGGUGGGUGCAGUGAUCUAGUAAGUAUGCAUCAGAGUGGGGAACUUCUGAUGCGCCUGAAGGCAAUGGGUGCCCUACAAUAACCAGCAGGCAGAAUGGUACACAGACCGAUGUCACCUCUGAAGGCAAGACAGCAUUAUGAAGAAUGGCAGCACUUCCUGUCAGUUGGAUAUGGGACUACAUUCACCCUGCUAUGACAACUGUUAAAUUUCUGAAUUAUGUCAAUCCUAAAAAAAAAAAAAAAAAGUGGGAGUUUGGGCAAAACCAGCCUUUUCUUCUUUUGACUUAGUAAAUGAACAAUUUGACCAAAAGUACAGAUCUGAGAAAAGGGCUGGACAGCUGUUUCUUUGGGACUGGGUCUUUGGGUUUCAUAUCUAUGAUGACUUAUGGUUUAAAGCUCAUUUAUUGAUUCAAAAUAUGUUCAUUCUUCUUGUCCUGUGCUUCUUACUUUUUUCCCUAUGUAAUGGACUAUUCCUCUAAGCCAGUGUCUCAACCAAUUUUAUUUCAUGCUCCCUAGGAUGAAUUUAUAGUUGGUUUUCUGCUAUUGCCCAUCAGCUGAAAUUAUUUGGUUCAGCUUGAUGACCUCAAGGAAUUGCAUUAUGAGAUCAGUGGGUAUUUCAAAGGUACUUUUUCAAACUGUCCAUAGGAUUCAGUAAACUUAAUCUUCGCUGUUUUAAAUAUCCCCUCUCUGAGCUAGUGUUCAUAGUAAUUCUGUGAAGUCUGAAGACACUACCUGAGAAACUCUGCAUAAAACGUUGAGCUUGGUUGAUCUUUACUUGGUGCCAGAUGAUCAGACACAGUGCAGUCAUUGCAGUCACAUGACCAUACUCUAGUCUGUCACAUGACCAUUUAGGUCAUCCUGAAUACGUGUUUAAUUCUAUAGCCAUACUACCCUGAACAUACCCCAUCUCGUCUGAAUAUGUGUGUAGUAAUUUAAUUCACAUUGUCCACAAAAGUAAAACAGUAUUCUAGAAAACAUGCAAGCCCCUACCUCAAGAAGGAACCAAGUUUGAGAAGCAUUUCCUAAGUGAUUUUUCUUUCUCCUCACUCUUUGAAAAUAUAAGAAUUCUUUAUCAUAAGAAUUGUGUAUUCUGGAAUUGCAAAAUGAAUUUUCUUCCACAGUUUCUACUGUGAAUUGUUCAUUUCUUUCCUAAUAAAGCAGCACCCAUAUACAACCCA